AUGUCAGGUGGACCCACAACUCCAAUAGCAUCAUCAUCAGUACAAUCAGCUGCUCUAUUAGAAAAACUUCUUCGUACAGAUGUUAUUUCAGUCACAUUAAAAUUUGGUUUUCAACAAAAACCAUUUAAAUAUCCAUUAAAAGAUACAUCAAGUUCAAUUAUUGAAAAAAUUUAUCGUGAUGCUGAAACUUGGCUACGAUCAAUUGCAAUUAAUUCAAAAACUUUAUUAACAACUGAACGUUAUACAAUUUAUUUAUUUCGAAUACCAACAACAGAUUUAACCAUGGUACCAAUUGUUCAAUUAUCAGAUAUUGAACAAAAUUCAUCAAUUGAAUUAGUUAUUGUGCCUGUUGAAGUUAAUUUAAAUCCACAUGCUUUAUAUCGAUGUCAAUUAAAUGUACCAACAAAUUGUUCAAAAUGUUCACGACUUAUUACUGGAAUUUAUCGACAAGGUUUUCGAUGUCGAAAAUGUCGUAUGACAUAUCAUAAAGACUGUGCACCAUUUUCACUUGAUGAUUGUUCAGUACCUAUUGAUCCUCCAUCACAAACACCAACAUCUCAGCCUCAACAAGUUACUUUCGUUUAUCCAUUUGAUUUUGCAUCAACAUUAUCAAUAAAUUUAGCAGCAAAAUCUGAUAAUACAAGUGUACCUAUUUAUAGUCCAUCAUCGAAUACUGCAAAAGAAAAUGAAAAAUCCGUUGUUGCUACAACAAUUAUUGAUGAAGGUAUUUUUCCAGCAUGUAUUGGUGGUACAUAUAUAUAUCGACGAUAUUUAUUUCGUUUAACACCAAAUACACUAAAAUUAACUACAAAUUUAUCACCUAUCUCAUCAUUAAGACAACAAACACGGCAAUUAACUGAUGUUGAUAUAGUUUUUCCAUUAACUGAUAUAAAUGAUCUGGUUUUAACACAUUUUAAAGAGGAACGAGAUUAUAUAUUUGAAAUAUGUUUUCAAGGUAAAUUUGUAUUAUGUGUUGGUAAAAAAAGUGAUGCAGAUGAUUUACAAAUGCAAACAGCACAAUUUUAUUCAUCAAUUCGAGAUCAAUGGGAAGCAUUAGCUAAUGGUUCAUCAUCACAAUCACAACUAUCAACUUCUAUUUCUACUACUCAAAUAUCACCACUCAUAGUUGAUAAAGAAAAACCUAGUGAUUUAAAACGAAAACCAAGUUUUUUUCGACGUCCACCAUGUGGAACAGGUAAUGAAGAUAAAGAUUUACAUGAUUUGUAUACAUUCACUGGUGAAAAAAUUGGCGAAGGUCAAUUCGGACGAGUUAUAGGUGCUAUACGAAAAUCAACAAAUCGUAAAGUUGCAAUAAAAUGUAUUGAAAAAUCUAAUUGUAGUGAAGACGAUAUUCGACGAACAAAUGAAGAAAUUAUUCAUCUUUAUAAAUUCACUCAUGUUAAUAUUCUUAAACUUGAAGCUUAUUUUGAACGUGAAGAUGCUGUUUAUAUCAUUACGGAACGUAUGGAAACUGAUAUGUGUAAAUAUAUAAUGGAAUCACCAAAUAAAUGGCUUGAUGAAAAUAUGAGUAAAAUGCUUUUAUAUCAAGUUAUUAUUGCAUUACGAUAUUUACAUGCAAAUAAUUGUGGUCAUCUUGAUGUUAAAUGUGAAAAUAUUCUUAUAUCAUUUCUUAAACCUAUACCAGUUAAUAAUAAUCGACCUAAUCAAACAAUAAAAUAUAAGCAUGAUUUACCUUUAGUUAAAUUAGCUGAUUUUGGUUAUUCAAGAAUUAUUGGUGAACAUUCAUUUCGUAAAACUCGUGUAGGAACUAAAGUUUAUUGUGCACCAGAAAUAUAUCGUAGUAAAGAAGGUUAUAAUCGUUUAGUUGACAUGUGGAGUGUUGGUAUUGUUUUAUAUGCAGCUCUAUCUGGUACAUUACCCUAUGAUGAAAAAGAUGUUCAUCGUGCUGAAGAAAUAGUACGUAAUAAAAAAUUAAUGUUUUCUCAUCCACGAUGGAAAGAUAUAACAGAUGAAGCGAUUGAUCUUAUUUCAAAUAAACUUUUAGUUGUUCAAGCUAAUACACGUAUUAGAUCGACUGAAGCUCUAUUUCAUGCAUGGUUUACAGAUUUUCAUUUAUAUAAAAAAUUACGUGAAAUUGAAAAACGAACAGAAUAUGAUUUUUCAAUAAAACAACAACAGUUACCAUCAUCAUCAACAUGGCUUACUGGAGAACGCGAAGAUCCUGCAUGGAUGGAAUAUAAAUCGAUGUACGAAAAAUCAAAUGAAUAA